AUGCGCCUCCCGACCAUCAUUUCACUGGCCUGCUUGGCCACGGCUGUCUCGGCUUGUGGCCUUUCCAUUCCAUCAUCGAUCCAUCUCAUGGCUCGUGGAGAUGCCCAAUCCCUUGGCAAACGUACCAUAGGCGUUAGCCCACAGCACCCAGUCGCCCAGAACAGCGAGGACCAUUGGACGGUGGCCGAAAACGAACGCCAGAUGCAAGUUUCGGACGACGCCUUCAUUGCCAAAGACUUUGCCCACUUCAAUCACCACCCAAACUCGACUAUGUACUACCCCGGCGGCGUCGUGAUGAACCUGACGGAGCACAUCGAGGACCUCCGCCUUUACUUCUCAAGCUACCCUGAUGCGGCUCCUCACAACCACAACUACAGGGUCAUGUUUGGCGAAGGUGACUGGACUGUGGCCAUCUCUGUCUCUAGCGCCAUCAAUGGCGGUGCUGUUUCUGAUCUCUCGGGCAAUUGGUUGCCGCCUACGAUGCGUCCUGUCAAGUUUGAUCUCAUGACAAUUGCCCGUUGGGACGGGGCUGACAACCUUCCCGACAUCGAGCUCAACCCUUAUACGGCACCUCUCUCGACCAAGCCCGGCGUCGACAAUGCCAAAGCGAACAAGGCUACAAUGACCAAGGCCGACGACGCCUUCAACGCUGGCACCUUCACUGCCGAGGCUCUGCACCUGUCCGAGGACGUCAAGGUCUAUGGGCUGACGGACCAGCCUCUCGAUCUCAAGGGUUUCCUCGCAACGCUCAAGAGUCUCCGCAAGUCGUUCCCGGAUCUGCACCUGGACAACAAGCCGUACAGGCAGAUCAUUGCGCAGGGGGAUUGGACAGCCACAGUUGCUAUGUUGAGCGGCACCUUCAAGGGGCCUCUUGAGCUGCCUCCUUAUCUGGGAUCUUCGCCUGCUCAGCCCACCGGCCGUAAGUUCGACUUGCUUCACUAUACUAUCUGCCGGUGGCAGGAUGGAAAGAUCUUGGAAAUGCGCAUUAACGCAGAUAUCUUUUCUAUUGUCGGCUCGCUCGGGAUUCAGCUCGAGUAG